GCUGUACUAGGGUAUCUUAAAAUUUGAUUCAAAGCUUUCGUGACUGCAGGGAUUCAUAUUCUUGGUUCUUUCGGUAAAGUCACCACGUAGAAGGGAAACAAUAAAAUACCCUAAUAUAAAACAAUAGGGUAUCUUAAAUGUUGAGGUCGCCCAUUGGCUCAGCGCGUGAGUAAGGCGGCCUCCGAUUGGGUGGCGGUGCCCGAGACGCAGAUUGAAUGCGGAAAGCGGGAAAGCGGAGAGGUGAGAGACAGAAUGGAGAUCUUCAAUUACCGUUGCUGAAUCUACGUGACUAUGGUUGAUAAAAAUCUUCAGGGCAAUGAGCGGAACCCUUGGGAGGCGGAGUGUCCUUCUAGUGUGGCGUUAUUUCUUUCGAGAGCCGUCGCUGAUGGGAUGAUAACCCAAGAGGAGAUAGAAGACAACAGGAAACAAGUGGAAAAGGAAUCUGCUGUUGUCCACCAGAUAAAACUUCAAAAUGAAAUUGCAGCACUGCAGACUGAGGUCAACAAGAUGAAGCUGGAGAGACAGAAGCUGGAGUUGGUGCUGGACACAGCUGAUGUGAGCCACCAGUCCCUGCUCUUGCAAAAGACAGAGAAGCUGCAGCGAAUCAACAGGGAGUUGGAGGGGGUGCUUAAAGAGCGGCGUGCCCUCACGCAGCGGCUGCUGGAGCGCACCACCAUGGCAAGCAUCGCUUUGGACGCAAACUACCACAGGCAAGCAGUGGAGCUCCUGAGUCUUGUGAGCCGUCUCCUGGCCGAUCUGGAGGGGAACGUGUCCCUUCUGCAUGAGGUCAAUGCCUUUCACAUCCAGCACAAGAAGCUGAAUGAAGAGUGGAUGCAGCUGAGUUCGUCGGCACAGCUCCGGGAGGAGGCAGCAAGAGCCUUGCUGCGACUGGAGGAUGGGACGCAGUUGCUUCACAGCGCCACUCGCCCACAUUUAACAGAAUCUUAACAGCAUCGACCCAGCGCCCCUCAUAUAUCGGAUGUGCGCUGCACUUAAGCUCCCAGCACCAGAGCUGUGGAACUUCUCUUGUAGUAAAACUGCUAAAUACAGAAUACCCUACGGUCGGGCAAGGACACCCAUAGCAGGCAGAUGAACUUCCAGCCAGUCGAUGGCACUACAAGCAUGGAGAGGGUAGUGCUUACUUCUCAGUGCCCUUGCAGCAACUAACCAGCUCACUUAGAGGUGAUGCACAACAAUUUAAGGCAGUACAAAUUAAAAAUAAAUAGACAUUACGUUGCAUAAUAUUACCAAUACAGAGUUUGCCUGCUUUGACUGCUCAAGUGAAAUAACAUUGAAAUUAAACUUACCAAUACAAUUCUGCCAUCUAGUGAUGCUUUAUAUCCAUUCCAAAUGGCAGUGCCAAAAUUUAAGCUGACAUUCUAAGUAGCUCAAUCAGUUCUGUCAGUCCCGUGCACUGAUAACAUGUCACUUGUGGUUAUUUUAAGAGUAAAUAAAGAUUCAAAAGUUCAA